AUGGACCACCUAACACAACUGGACCCGAUCGAUCCAUUCUACAAGUAUCCACGGAUACCUGUAACUCCUAGUACACUAUUUGCAUACGCCCACAUGCGGGGACCGAAAGUCAAACAAGCCGAUCCGCUCCACGAUGCUCUUUACCCUGCCAUGUCGCGAGUUCUACACCAUCGUCGGCUAGUACUCCCUUUGAUCUUGAAAUCAGCCCCCAUGGAAGGAUUGGCAAAGGGCACACAGUAUUUCUGGGAUCCUCUCACUGUGGCAGCAGAUUGUUUACCUUCGGCGGAGUUAUCAAAGCCAAAUGACAGUGGCUAUUCGUCCUCGGGACCUCAUGACGAUUCUCGUUCCAACUUUCUACAGUUUAAGCUCCAAAACCCUCCCAAAGCCAGCAGAAAUCAUUACCAAGGAAAAGACGUAUGGUCCAACUUUGGGUAUCUCCGGAUCAACGAUAAAUGGGUCGACCCAGAGAGCCAAGAACAGCUCUACAACGCAUAUUACAAUCCAUCUGGUUGUCAAAACUCUGAAACAGAUCUUUCUUGGUUGAAUGAGUUUGAAGUGCAGGCCCCGAAAGUUCUCACAGCUGAGGAGGAGGAUGAGUUUUACAAAGGGUAUGUUUCUGAUGUCGACGACAGCCAAGAUGGUGAAGGUGACCCUCGGCACUUUCGUAUUUCUGCAGCUACGUUUGCGCGCUGGGCAGCUGGUGCGGUCAAAGGUGACAAGUAUGAGUCUAAAAUCUCCAAGCCUUCGGAGGGCCUUCCUGCUCAGACCUUUGAAGACGCCCUAAAGGCAAUGCCAUCUAAGAUCAUGCCAAUGGUUCAAGUAGAUCAUGAUACAGGAAGCAUCAUGUCAGGGGAAUACUCGGUUGAAAGCAGCCCUGCUCUUAUACAGAGCUCUCACGGUUUUGUUGAUCUGGUGAGACAGCCAGCAUAUUUCCAGCGAAGCUAUGCCCAGACGGCACUCGAUCUCGAUGAGCAUGCCUUCGCGACCAGAUCCGAUAGUUUAAAAUCGAAAAGCUUGUCCACGUCGACCUCGUCCACAGCUUCCGACGAAGAAGUCUUCACAAACGAUGGAGUCUUCACAUACCUUGAAACCAAACAUGGCGGCGAGCCUGUUACAGAAGAACAAUUAGAGCAAGAAUAUGUAGAGCUUGAGCACCGCAUGGCCAACCUUCGAUACAAGAAAGAUAUGAUCAUCUAUAGAAACUUGCAAAUAUAUGAAGCCAGCAAACGAGCCUUCGAGGAGCGACUUGCAGUGUCACAGGAAGUCGCACACCUUCGCAAGAGAUUAGAGGCAGCACAAGCAGAACAAGAACUGAUGCAAGCAAUGUACUGGGGCCCAGAAUACGCUCGAGCAUACGCCAUCAAGCAACAAGAAGAGCACAACGAUCGGCAGCAAAAAGAGAUGGCUCGCCAGCACCUUGCUCAGUACACGCUCGCCCAACAAACCGAUUAUUUUCGAUAUCUGCAAGCGUACCAAACUGAGGCGCUUUGCCACCAGUUGCAUUCCGGUGCUAAUGCUGCUUUGGUGCGGACAUUAAAUCGUUGA